UUUUUUUUUCAGCCACGCAAAAUGCGAUGGAACGUCGAAGCUAUCGACCAUAUCUUCGACAAAAUGGGACAGAUUCUGUUGACAAAUUUUUAAAAAAUAUUAAUUCAACUAAUCAUAAUAAUGAAAGAUACACUUCAAAAUUCCCUACGGAUGGUUUGGAUGGCGCUGGAACUUCAAAAUAUCCUUCAUACUCCACUUAUGUUGGGAAAUACUCUCCAUCGAUACGAAAUACAGCAUCAAGUUCUGCUGCUCCAGGAAACUAUUCAACCCGUUAUGAUGCCCCUACUGCUGAAAGGAGACGCCCGUCUGGGGUUCCAUUGUAUAAUUUGGCGAAAAAUUCAACUUACAAUGCCGAGAAUUAUGGUGCUAAUGGGAGCAGUCGUUUUGCUCAAGGCGGGUACAAUGACUAUGGUUCGCAGCGGACAGGCUCAAUUCCCACGGUGCGAGAUGGGGCAAAAAAACACAAGUCGGCCUUAAAAUCAUUACGUUCUUUCUUUAAGAGGCACCUGACUGGAGGGAGCAGAGGCAGAAGGGAUCUGUCGGCUACACCUAUAAACACUCGAUUCUCCUCUACACAAAAUGUCAACGGCCACCUUCCUUAUGCUGCUACAACCACCCAUCGGCGUUCAUCAUCCUCCUCCAUUGGAUUUAGCAACGAGAAUCGGCCACAUCAAUCUUCUUCAGCAUUUAAAAUUUCUAGAGAUUCCAUUGUUAAACGUUCCUCUACUGUUUUACCUUUUAAUAAUGGUGAUUACUCGCGUCCCUCAACUGUUGAUUCUAUUGAUUCAUCAAUAAAAGAGGUGCAAAGAAGAACGGGAGACAUUUCCAUAUCAAAAGCUGAUAUUUCCAAACGUCCUCCUUUACCUUCUACUACAAAAUUUACACCUAAUAAACAUCCUUCAGUGCCUAUACCAGAUACUUCCAUUCUUAUUUCUGAUAGACAAUUAGCUCAAAAAAGACCUACUAUUACUCCCGAUGAAAGAUCACCUACAAUAAUUUGUGAUAGAAAUCCGAAAACAAUUAUUCCGUGCUUGAGAGGUCUUUUAAAUCACGGGAAUACUUGUUAUUUCUCUGCCAUCAUCCAGUGCCUUGCAGCUUGUGAGCGAUUCGCAGAAUUUCUGAUUUGUAAUGAUUCUGAGUUUUCUGAUCUUGCAAAUAGAGAUGAUGAGGAUGGUCUUUAUAAAUCAUUCGUUUCCACACUUCGCUGUCUUUGGUUCAACAACCCCAAUGCCGACUCUUUUUGCUUGAAAACUCUUAGAUUUAUUGGACAAGCUAAUCCACUGUUUAUUAUUUCUCAUCAACAGACAUAUAAAUCUGAGGAAGAGUUGGCCAGUGAUGCAUUAGAGAAAAUUAGUGGUUCUCACGAAUCUACAGUUAUGGAUUUGUUUAGAGGGCAAUUCCGAACUGCACUGAAAUGUACUAAUCCGGGUUGUGGUUUUACCAAUUUGUCAUUUGAGCCAUAUCUUUGUAUUUCGUUAAGUGUUCCAUUGGCAAAAAAACUUCACCAUUAUUCUGUACUUCUUUUCUCCUUCCAUCCAACUCGCGAGAUCAUCCGUUUUUAUUUUGCCGUUCCGGAAACAUCUUUAAAUGUUAGGCAUUUUAAAAAUAAAAUAAUGGAACGUAUGAAUGGUUCAUCAGAAGAAUUGUUUUUGUUAUGGGAACCUUGCCAAACUGUGAACGGUAAUAUUCUGGAAAAGUUUAAAUAUUUUAAUUUUAGUUUUGAAAAUCCUUUCGUGGCACUUUUAAAUCGACAAUGGAAUUAUGCUGUUAUCAGUAAUUUUUUAUUACAAAAAUGUGAACGUCUUCUUCCUCGUCAUUUCUCUAUUUUGCCGCAAGACUAUAAUAUUUUUGUUCAAAGUCGUGAUAAUUCAUUGCAAGUUCUUCAUCCUCAAACAAAGAGACCAUUAUUUAGUGAUUUUGUGGAAAGAAUUUUAAAUGACGUUGACAAUCCUAAAAAAGUUUUGCGAAUAAUUAUUGAAUGGGAUUUGUCUUUGAAACAACGAUUUUUGUCUUAUGUUGUGCCUGAGCCCAUUCUUAAUGAUUAUUCUUUUUAUCGUAAGGUGGAGAGUUCUGAUUAUGAUUCUAAACAAUCUACAAUUUCGCUAACAAAUUUGCUUGAUCAAUUCGUCGGAUGUGAAUCUAUACGUGAUUGGACAUGCCCAAAUUGUGCAAAAUCGCCAGGAUCCAUGGAACUCCGUUUCCAUUCAUUACCCGAUGUUCUUGUUUUCCAUCUCAAGCGUUUUGAAUUGUUGUCUGAAACUGUCACAAAAAAGAUUGAUAGCCGUGUUAAAAUACCGCUUGAGAAACUUGAUAUGAGUCCUUAUGUUUAUAGUCAGUAUUCAAAGUCAAGUACCUUACCUAAGAAUAAAAAAGGAGGAAAUAAAACAUUUAAUUAUGUUGAAAAGAAUUCAAUGAUUUACGAUUUGGCGGGUGUAAUUUAUCAUUAUGGAGAGAGGACUAAUUCUGGGCAUUACACUGCUGCUACACUAAAUCCUGUUGACGGAAAAUGGCGAAUAUUUGACGAUUCUCGCGUUUCAACUCUCGCUGAAUCUGUUACCGGAUCAAGUGAACUUGAAAUUUCUUCUCGCUCUUAUUUACUUUUCUACCAACGGCAACCUUAUUUACAACGAAAGUUAACUUGGUUUCCUCAAAAUGUUCCAGAGCAUAUUAUAAAGAAAUACCAAAAAAAGGAGUAUUCUGAAAAUGUUGAUCGUUCUUAUGCAAAUGGAAAUUCGAUAUUUUAUAAGGACAACAGUGAUCCAACAUUAAAAGAAAGUUAUCUAAAAUCGCCUACAAAGUCUUUGACGCAAGAGAGAAUAAUUCCAAUUAUACGAGAAACACGUGCAGGUCCAGCGGUUGGAUAUGUCCCUGAAUUUACAUCAUCAUAUAAUAACCGUAACUUCUAG